AUGUUAUAGAAAUUUUAAACUUAAAUAGAAAAAAAUUUAGCUUUAGAUAACUAUUUUGAAGAAAUGGAGAUAGGAAGAGAUUAUUAUAAAUUUAUUAUGAUAAAAGAAUCACAUUCUAUGGCAGUAUUUAAAAUAGAAUAAACUAAGAUUUAUAAAUGCAUCCGAAGAUAAUCUGAACAAGAUUACAUAGUUUAUCGUAUUCCUUAUAAGAGAAUAUCAAAAACCUAAUCACUGCAAUUAAGUAUACCUUAUUAAAUUGAAAAAUUAAACUAAAUAAGGUUAGCAAACAUCAUACAUCCUGAAAAUAUCUAUUAUGAAUAAAACUAUACUUAUAUGACACAAUCAACUUAUUUAAACAAUUUUUAAUUACUGAAUUAGAGAAAUACUUUACAUGAAUAAAAGUAAUUGUUUAUAAUAACAUAACUUUGCAUAAGUAUGUAUUACUAAUUUUAUACUAUAUUUUCAUAGCUUUACAAGAAUUACAAAAACGUAAUUUUCCUCCUUAUAUCUUGAAUCUCAACAACAUUUAUAUAAUUGAAAAUGUAUUGCAUCUUAGUUUUUUACAUUUUAAAUUUGAUGAAAUUGGAUCAUGUGAUUUUGAAUCAUUUUAAUAAUUUGGUAAUUAAAAUUAGUAUUUUAAGUUCAUAAAUAUUUUAGUAUUGCAAACAAAUAUUGUAUAAAUAAUUAUGAAAGCACUACAGAUAAACUUAUAGAAAUUUUAAAACUUGAUUAUUUUGAUUAAGGUUGUCCUCAUUUGAAUUAUGUCAAAAUUUUAUUUUAAAUAGAAAAUAUAGAAUCAAAAUUAAGAGGUUGUAAUUCCUUCACUUUUUCAACAAAAAAGCCUGCUUUGUUUUCAAUUUAUCCUCAAGCUAAAAACCACAUUUUUAUAAAAGUUCCUAGAAUUAUGGAUGAUAAUUUAGAAGUAAUUGAAUAUCGAUAAUUACAAAAUUAAAGAGAAUUACAAUUUAAUGAAUAACUUUAAAAUAGUUCUAAAUUUGCAACUUUUUUAUCAUAUCUUCGAAUACAAAAACAUUUAUUUUUUUUUUAUCAAGAAUAUCCAUUAACUUUGGAUUAAUUAUUUGAAGAUUCAAACUAAAAAAUUCUUCUUAAAAAAUUAUAAUAUAAAUUUGCUAUGUAAUUAGCAAUGGCUUUAUCUGAAUUGCAUAAAAAGUAAAUUUUACAUAGAGAUAUUAAACCAUAAAAUAUAUUUUUGACAAGUGUUGAUAUUGAAAAAGCAAAUAUUAAACUAGCAGAUUUUGAUAGAUCAAGAAGAAUAAAAACAGAAUAAAUAUAUGAAUAAAAGGAUUUUUAUUUAGAAGAUUCUAGUGAAGAAAAUACAAUCUUUUCUAGUACUUAUAAUUAUAAUCCUCCUGAAUCUUUUGGAACUAUAUAUGAUUUUUCUAGUGAUAUUUGGCAAUUUGGAUUAACGUGUAAUAUAUUAAAAUCAUUUAGUAUUCUAAAUGGCAAAUAAUGGAAUCUAUCCUCCAGUCAAGAAGGCUAUGCUAUUUGAUCCUGAAGAGUAUUCAAAUAUAAACUUAAAUUUAAUUAGCUCAGUAUUAAAUUAAGAAUUAAAAGAAUAAACAUUACAUUAAGAUUAUAUAAUUUUAAUUUCAAGAUGCCUAGAAUCUUAGAGUGAUAAAAGGAUUUCUUUGAAUGAUUUCAUUUCAAAUUUAAAGAACAUAAGAAUUAAUAUAAAAGAUCAAGAUGAUGUUAUUAUACCAGAUGAUUAUUAUGAUUAUUCAGAUUAAAGUACGGGGAGCUUUGAUUAGGCUAUUUGUUGGUAGAAAUUUUAGAAAUUUUCAAGACCAAAAAUUCCUAAUUGUAAUUUAAGGUAAUUAAAUUAAUUAUCAGGGGACACAUUGCAAUUUUUAAAGGAUUAAUUAUUAAAUAUAUGA